UCACGAUGGAGUUAUCUUUAUAUUUUUUAACACUUAAUAUAUUUUUGAUGAGAUUUAGUAAUAAUAUUUCUAAAACCACAUUUAAUUUUAUGCAAUAUAUAUUAUAUACACCAAAUAAUAUAAUAAAAUUAAUAUAAAUAUCAAAUUUUAAAAAAUAAUAAUUAAUGUCUAUAUACUGAAAUCAAAUAUUUUUCUUAUCUUAGAAUAAAUAUAUUUUAAAAUAAUAAAUCGAAAUAAGGAAACUUUUGUAAGCUAAUAUCUCUAUAAAUUAAUAAAAUUUCAAAAUCCUAAUAUUAUAAAUUUACAGAGGUUUUAAUGUAUCUUAUUAAAAUCGUUAAUAUCAAUAGCUGACCGACCCGGUCAGAUCGUUCCUGUCUUUUCAUUACUAAACUAAACCGGUUCGUGAAAAGAAUCGUACCAGUUUCAAGCCCAUCUCUCUUUGAAGAUAACGUCCAAGCCCAAGCCACACAUGGAUGAAAACGAAGAUUCCAUUUUCAAUAACCCUUGAGGGGUACUCCAGUCAAUAUAUACCUUCCUCCUCUCUCCCCUCCGUAAACGGUUGCACACGAAGCGAGACAACCAUCCAGUUAAGUGACCCGACCCGUCUCGUUAUAUAUUAAUAUAUACACAGACUGGGUAAAGCAAAGGUGAAAAUCUUGUACGUAGGUCCAUGUCAUUUCAUUUGAAGAGAAUAAAAUAGCUAAUAAGCAAACCUAAAAAAGCUAAUCAUCAUUUUCAAAAGAUUUUAUAUAUAAAAGUGUUUCAAAAUCUAUAACAGAGCUAGAUAUAUAAUUUUCUUAUUAAAAAAAACAAAAAAAUCCCUAAAAACUACGACCGUGUUGGUAUUUGUUACGCUAGUGAGGGAAGGCGACGCAGUAACAUCGAUCGAACGGCAUGAACGACGACUAUACUACCAAUAUUCACAGUUGCAGUGAUCCUGUUAACAAUCGUAACGGAGACGGUAACGGUAAUCAGUAUCAGAUCAGUCAAGUAUGGGGAACGUGGGAGGAGCUUCUGUUAACAUGCGCCGUUAAACGCCACGGUUCUAAAGAUUGGGACUCCGUCGCUAAGGAGGUUGUUUCCCGGAGCUCUCUCGACGCCUCCGCUCCGAGUUGCCGGCUCAAGUAUCAAGAUCUCAAGCGUCGGUUCCGAGAUUCCGUCGACGACGACGACCGACGAGGAAAUAGCGACGGUGAAAUCCCUUGGCUCGAGCAGUUACGGAGUCUUCGUGUGGCGGAGCUCCGGCGAGAUGUUCAGCGAUGCGACGAGUCGAUACUAUCGCUUCAGUUAAAAGUUAAGAAACUAGAGGAGGAAGAGAAAGACGGAGAUGAUGUUAGAUCGAUCAACGACGAAACAGAGCCGACGAACGAGUCUAACUCGACACCUCCCGUCGAUAAAAUCGCCGAUCCCGAUCAUAAGGCGGCGACGGCGACGACGGAGGAGGAAGAAGGGACGGUUAGUAGAAGAUCGGGUAUGAGUCACUCCGGCGAGUUAGGCGAGUCGGGAACGUACACAGGUCAUCGGAAGAGGAAAGGACAUGAAUACAUGAGCGGCGAGGAUAACAGUAUCCGCGGUGAAAGCGGCGGUAAUAUUAAACCGGACGGGAAUCAAUCGCAGCCGUUGAUAGAGAUCAUUAAGAUGAUUCGGUCUCAUCCGCGUGGAUCCGUGUUCGAAUACCGGCUUCGGAGCCAGGAGACAAAGGACUACAAGAGAGUGAUAAGGCAGCAUUUGGACAUUAAAACAAUAGAGAAGAAGAUGGAGGAAGGAUCCUAUGUUUCUUCAAGUCUUUCAUUUUACAGAGACCUUAAGCUUCUCUUCACAAACGCCAUUGUUUUCUUUCCCACAUCUUCCUCAGAAUCCAAGGCUGCACAAGAGCUAAGAACCCUUGUCUCUAACGAAAUGAAGAAAGAAACUGGAAAAUCGAGUCACCGUGCCAUCAAAUCAGAGGGGGGAUCUUUGCUUUCUAAACAGAAAGCUUCUGCUCCCCCUCUUGUUGCAUGUAAGAAGAAAGGUUCUGCUUCGAAAAAGACGUUACCUUCUUCUUCAAGCUUCAAACAAAAAAAUGAGAUUCAAGUUUCAGAAGAGAAGGAUGUGACUAUUACUGCUAUAGCUACAAGAAGGUCGAGGAAAACGAGCAAAGGUAUGGAAGUUGUUGCCAAGGAUACCACAAUGGGAAGAGCCAAAAACAAUAACAAGAAACAAACAGAUUCAAAAGCAGAUUCAUCGAAUGAUGAUGAUGAGGAAAAGACACCUAAGAUAGAGAAGAAGAGAGCAUCAGAGAAGAAGAAGAGUGUGGCUGAGUUCUUGAAGAGAAUCAAAAAUAACUCACCACCGAAGGGAAAAGAAACAACAAGUAAAGAUCAGAAGAAGAGUGAUGACAACGUUAAGAAAGAGAACAGUAAAGCAAAACCAAGGGAACUGAGGAGCAACAGCACGGGUAAAAAGAAGGUUGAGGUAGAGAGUACUGAAAAUAAGAGAUCAUCGAAACGAAAACAAUUGAAAAAAGAAGCAGAGGAAGAGACUGCUGCGGCUACCAGAAAACGAGGUAGGGAAUUACGAAAAGACAAUCAACAACCAAAGAAAAGAAACAAAAGAUGAAAGCGAUUCGUUGUGGUUAGGUAUUGUACAUUUGAUAUGCAAGAAGUAUUCAUCAACCCUCUUAGCAUUAGUGUUUAGGAGUGAUUCAUAAAUCUUGUUAGGUUUUUAAUUUAACCUAUGUUGUACUUGUUAUAGAGGAUUUUGUCUUGGUGUACACAGUUUUUCCUUGCCUUUGUUUAUUUGAUAAAUAUUCACAAAA